AUGUCAACUACGUUUGAAGCGUUGCCCGAUGAAAUUCUAAUGAUUAUUUUACAAUAUUCUGGUAAUGUUUAUAAUAUAUUUCGAACAUUUUCAGGAUUAAAUAAACGUCUGAAUAAUAUUCUUGUUGAUAGACGUUUACAUUUAUUAACUGAUUUUUUAUAUAUGCAUUAUAAUGAUAAAUAUGUGAAUUACUAUUAUAAUUCUGCAGUGUUUCAUAAUGUAUCUCAACAAUUAUUAUCUAUAAUUAUAACUGAGAAUGACAAAGUACUUCGACAAUGUUUUCAAUCAUUAGUUAUCUUUCAUAUUAAAGAAAAAACUAAUCGAUUGAAAGAUAAAUUUAAAUGUUAUAUAGAACAUUUUCAAUCUAUUCGUUUACUUCUCACAAAUGAUGAAACACGAAAUAUUGAUGAAGAAUUGAAGAAUUCAUUGAAAAAUUUAAAAAACUGUCCUAUAUCUAUUAAGAAUAUUGAACAAAUUGUAUCACUUAUUUUAACAAAAGGUGCUCGUCUUGAAUAUAAUGAUAGCGAAUUCCAUGAAUUUAAUCUUGCUAAAGCAAUUAAUGGAUUGUUACUUGCAAAGCUUAAUUCUAUUGAAUAUUCCACUCAACGAUUAAUCAAUUCUCUUGUUCAAAUGUUCAAAUCACUUAUUAUUUCAAAUCCAAAUCUUCUACAAGAUCAAGAUUGGUUUUAUUAUGAUGGCUAUAGUGUUCAUUUUUUUCUAUAUUGUUCAAUGUACCAAAUAAAUACCAUUCAUUCGGAUAGAACAAUAACUUCUAUCAAUAUGGAAUGUUAUCAAGCUAUUCUAGAUUUACUUCUCUUUACUAUACAAUUUUUGAAACAUUUAUUUCGCAAUGAAGUUUGGGCAAAAAUAUAUCUUUUAGACAUAUUCAAUAUGAUUACAUUAACAAAUGUUGUUACGAAACAUGAAAUAUUUAUUGAAGCAAGUCAAAUUGAAAUAUUGAAUAUUAUACUUAAUGAAUAUAGUCUUGAAGAUAAAAUACUAUUCGAUAAAGAAUUUAAUGAUAUGUUUCAACAAAUUUUAGAUAAUCUAAUCGAAAAUAAUCGAGUUCAUACAUUAUUAUUAAUUUAUCAUGCAAAUGAACGCAUAAGAAAUUUAUUUCAAAAUUCAUGGAAUAAUGAAAAAUAUGUAAAUAUAAUGACAAAAAAUCGAACAACAAGACAAUUUUUUCAUGCUCUCUUAAAUGAUGAACUAUUAAGAACAUGGUUAACUAGUACAGAUUUAUUAUUUGUUUUAUUACAGAAGAAAGAAUAUGAACUUGUAAAAAAAUUAUUGAAAUUAUCACCAUCACUCGUUUAUCAGUGUGACGACGACGCAAGUGACAUCAAGACAUGA